AUGCAAUCGUCUCUCCUGGUACUUCUUCGUCUGGGUUAUUAUAUGUCAGAUGCAGAAAAAGGUAAAAUAGAAGAUCUUUUGAAUCUUUGGAGUGAAAAAAAAUACUUUUCGGAAAUUACAAUGAAAGCAACACGUGCAGGACUAAUGGUUCCUCCAGCUGAACAGCCCUCAAAAUCCGAUCCUGUUGAUAAUUCAUCCAAAACUCACAAUUAUAUUAAACCAUCUCAACACGGAAGACAAGGUGCACCAUAUUGGGAAUUACCAGCAGCAUGUAUGAUACCACAUUUGCCAGAUGCGAGUAUUAUCAAAGAGUCUAUGCAAUCUUAUAUAAGCAUACCUUCUCAUUUGUGCCAACCUAUUACAUUAUCAAGUUAUACUUCUUCGGAAAUAUUAGACGCACUAGAUUCUUUUUACAAGCAAGAAAGUAUGGAUCUUUGGGGAUUUAAAGAAAAGUCUGAUACAGAAAAUGAAGAUAUUGAUUAUGAAGGAUGGUCUAAAAAAUUUUGGGCAGAAAAAGAAAAAAAAAACCAAGAGAGAAAAACAUCAAUUUACUAUAAACGAGGUCGUAAAACAAACCGCUCAGAAUCACUAUCUUCAAGAUCUUCAAGAUCUUCAAGAUCACGGAAAGAGUCAAGUUCUAUUUCUUCUCGAUCAUAUUUAUCACCAUCAUAUUCAAGGUCACGCUCAAGAACACGUUCAAGGACUCGUUCAAGAACACGUUCAAGAACUCGUUCAAGGUCCCGUUCAAUGACUCGUUCAAGGUCUUUGUCUCCGCCAAGAUUUCAAAAAAGUGAAUCUUAUCUGCAGCAUCAAAAUACAAAGAUAAAUUAUGAAGAACAAGAUAAGUCAUCUUAUACAGCACCCCGAACAUCACCAAUUCCCUCACUACAGCAUUCCAUGACACCAUCACCACAUGAAGAGCAGCAGACUAAACAGGCAGAAUAUUCCAAAAGCCAGCGGACAAGAGAAAUUGCUAUCAAAAGAGGUUGGAAAGUAAGAUGA